CAUGGCAUCUCCUGAGCGGGAGAGAGAGAGAGAGAGAGAGAGAGAGAGAGAGAGAGAGAGAGAGAGAGAGAGAGAGAGAGAGAGAGAGAGAGAGAGAGAGAGAGAGAGAGAGAGAGAAGGAGAGAGAGAGAGAGAGAGAGAGAGAGAGAGAGAGAGAGAGAGAGAGAGAGAGAGAGAGAGGUAGGGAGAGAGAGAGAGAGAGAGAGAGAGAGAGAGAGAGAGAGGGAGAGAGAGAGAGAGAGAGAGAGAGAGAGAGAGAGAGAGAGAGAGAGAGAGAGAGAGAGAGAGAGAGAGAGAGAGAGAGAGAGAGAGAGAGAGAAAUAGGGGAUGGAGGGAAAGAGUGAGAGAGGGAAUGUGACUGAGGGAGCGAUA